ACUGAUAAAUAAAAACACAGAGAGAGCGAGAGAGCAAGGAACAGAGGGAGGGUGUCUAUUUUUUCUCACCAAAACAAUUAUAGCUAGCACAACGUCAUUCUGGGCAACUGCCUCAUUGCCCAGCGAUUGCACCUCCGACAGUCCAUCCUGCUAUCCGGCAAAACGUGGCCAUGUCACUCAAACUCUGACUGGUGCGAUGGACAUUGUUGCGGGCUAAAGUCAUGCCAUCCGACACGUUUAAUUGGUGGCCGGGAAAAACAAGGAUAUAGGGGACGACAUUCAGACAGUGACCCUGUUGUGCUGAUGUUCUGGGGCCCACCGCACGGCAGCACAGCUCUCCCCUUAUCUCUCUCUCUAUCUAUCUGUUUCUAUCUCUCUCUUCUAUGAUGUGUGUUCUGUCGACGGUGAUUAAAGAAGCUCUCUACAGUCUGUCUGCUGCCUUACAAUCAACGGUCUGGAUGUGAGCCUUAAUUGCCCCGUCACACUCACAGUCAAGGGACAGUGAGGCUACAGCGAUAAAGGGCUAGACACCCCUGGCAUCCGACUGACUACCGGAGUUAUUUUUAUGGCUACGUGUCUUCUCUGACAACACAUUUCAUCUGGGUGAUCGACACAGGCUAAACAGCCAACUCUGCGGUUGUGUCUGCCUCUUCGUAGCAGUGUUUUUCCCAAGUCUGGCUGGUGCUGUCUGAAGGGAUAAAUGAUCACUUCAACCAGACGAGUGUCUCCUGACAAAUCUGAAGUUCGGAUUGCCUUCAGUCUUCACCAAGACUCAGAAUUCAAAGAUGUGGUGGAGUCAGCUCCUACAUUUCCUGACCUGGAACAGAGACUACAGCCGGUGCCACCCUGUUCCUCUUUGAGGGAAUCUGUCCAGCUGUACAAGGACCACUGCAGGAUGGCCAAGGAGUUCUACCAGGUUAAACACGAGAUCUCAGUGCUCGAAGAUCGCAAGCGUAAGCUGCUGGCUGAGUUGGUGGAGGAUGAAUGUGUUGCCAUGGAGAUGGCCUGUCGUGAGGAGGAGUUCCGGGUCCUGUCGGAGGAGAACGCUGCCCUGCUCAACGUCCACACUGAGCGCGCUCAGCAACUGGAGACUCUUAGCUCCACCAGUCAGACCAAUCAGGACAGCGCCGCCUCGUGACCCCUAAACCCCACAUGUCCCAGGGACACUGGAAACCUCAGUUGAGGCCUUCCAAGGGAUGACUCGGCUGUUUUUUGGAAACUGAAUAGGAUUUUCGUGGAUCCAUAAUCAGUUCCCCAAUAUUCAAACUCAUCUAAAAAGGCCGGCUGAUCUGCUGAUGUGUGCUCCUACAUUUUGACCCUGUAAACAAGGGCCUCUGAAAACAUUAACGGUGGACAAAUGCUCACUUCCUCAAUCCUUGCUUCUUUGCCGUUUGUCUCCUUGACUCCCUUCCAGGAUGGUGCUCAAUUCUCUUUACAUUCCAGUUAAUUCAAGCCGUACACCUUUCUUCCAGUUCUCUUUAAUACUUUUCAAUCAGCAGCUUUUUACAACUUAGUUUAGUAACCGACUGAACUGGAGUCGAAAUGGAAUUGACCCUAACCUGGCGAAUUGAACAAGGAGAGAGGAAGCAAGCACAGAGGAAAGAACGUUUGAGAAACUGAAACCUUCGUUGUGUUGGUGUGUGAGACUCAGGGCUUGGGGAGAUGUCUCGGUUAUUUAGAUGUGGUCCAUACCAAUAAUUUAGGUGGGGCUCCUAACCCUUUUCUCUCUCUCUCUCUUUCCUUCUUGAGGGUCUUUCAGUUAAUUAUGGUGUUGCAGGAAAUGCAAACAUGUGGUGUGUUCUAGAUUUAAAAAUACUACUCAAGUUUGACAUUUCCACUUAAAAAUGUACAUAACCCUACAAACCAAUGUCCAGUAACUUUGAUCUGUGUAAUUCACCUCCUGAUGGAUUAUUUCCCUGCUGCUGUAGCAAACUAAGCUAGGUCUUUUAUGGGUUGAUAAUUCAGUAUGUGAUGUUGUAAGCCGUGAAGCAUUUAGAUGCCGUGGAGUGACACAGAGGAAUACUCGGCCAGUGUUGAGCAACAAUACAAGGGAAGUCAAAAAAGAAGUUGGCCGGUCAUGAUUACAAUCAGUUGGUUGCUAAUUGCCUGUUGAGCUGUGGAAACUGUUAUUACCCGAAACAGAAUAUUUAGUAUGACGUAGUGUUUGUAGCCCACUGAAGUUUUCAAUU